GUACGCGCUGGCGGCGGCCGCGACUGGCCAGCCCAGCCUGGCGGCGUCGUGGGCGCAUCGCGAGAUUUGCUCGCGCGUGGCCAUGAAUGCCCACGCGCACAUGCGCCGCGCUCACUUGGCAGUUUACUACGACCAGGCCCAGCGCGCAGCGUGCGCCGGGGAUGCGCAACCGCUUCUGACCUGCGAGCUCGCGCGGCCCAUGUGGGCUGAACGGACGAGGGCCGGCGAGCAUGAUUUCAACGCGGAAAAGGCGGCGGUGAAAUUCAGCUCGUGGGUCUUGCGCCGCGGAGGGCACGACGGGGCGCGCUGCGCGCGGGCAGUUCGCGAUGCCCUUGCGCCGCGCAGGCCGAGGGCGCGCGUGACCUCGAUGAGAAAGAAUCCCGACGCGGGCUCAGGGGGCGGCAGCAAAG